AUGCCUGACUUCAAGAUCUCCGCUUCUCUGGAGGGUCACGGCGAUGAUGUUCGCGCUGUGGCCUUUCCCAACCCCAAUGCCGUCUUGUCCGCCUCUCGAGAUGCAACGGUUCGGCUCUGGAAGCUCGUCUCUACCCCGCCCCCAACUUACGACUACACCAUCACCUCACACGGCUCGGCGUUUAUCAACACCCUAGCAUACAUCCCCCCAACCCCCCAAUAUCCCGAAGGACUAGUACUCUCCGGUGGUCAGGAUACGAUUAUAGAAGCCAGACAACCCGGGAAAGCCUCGGAUGAUAAUGCGGAUGCUAUGCUUCUGGGCCAUGCGUCCAACGUCUGCGCCUUAGAUGUCUCAUCCGAAGGGGGUUGGGUGGUUAGCGGUAGUUGGGACUCGACAGCUCGACUAUGGAGGGUCGGGAAAUGGGAGGCCGAAGUCAUCCUCGAGGAUCACCAGGGUAGCGUUUGGGCUGUGUUGGCCUAUGACAAGGAUACAGUCAUUACGGGGUGCGCGGAUAAGAUCAUACGGAUAUUCAACACUUCAGGCACUCUACUGAAAAGCAUCAAAGAUUCCCGCGAUGUCGUUCGGGCCCUGUGCAAACUCCCUCCUUCCCAUCCUACGGGCGCACAGUUCGCUUCGGCGGGUAACGACGGAGUCAUCCGGCUUUUCACACUACAGGGUCAGCAGGUUGCGGAGCUCCAUGGCCAUGAGAGCUUUAUCUAUUCCUUGGACGUGUUGCCCUCUGGUGAAUUGGUCAGUUCCGGUGAAGACCGAACGGUGCGAGUCUGGAACGGUACACAAUGCGUGCAAACCAUUACUCACCCGGCAAUCUCGGUUUGGAGCGUUGCUGCUUGCAAGGAGACGGGCGACAUUGUUACAGGUGCUAGUGACCGUAUUACUCGAGUCUUCACCCGGAGUGAAGAGCGAGUUGCCGCUGCCGAGGUGGUGCAGCAGUUUGAACAGACAGUCAGAGAGUCAGCGAUCCCGGAACAACAAGUCGGCAAAAUCAACAAGGAGCAGCUUCCAGGAACCGAUUUCCUCAAACAAAAGUUCGGUACUAAAGAUGGCCAGGUACAGAUGAUUCGUGAAGACAACGGCAGCGUUACAGCCCACACAUGGUCUGCAGCAUCGCAGGAAUGGAUCGCGGUCGGCACAGUGGUCGACUCUGCUGCCAGUAGCGGAAAGAAGACAACAUAUCUCGGACAAGACUACGACUAUGUUUUCGAUGUUGACGUUGAGGACGGGAAGCCGCCUCUCAAGUUGCCAUUUAAUGUGUCGCAGAACCCGUACGAUGCUGCCACGAAAUUCAUCCAGGACAAUGAGCUCCCUAUGACCUACCUCGAUCAGGUCGCCCAGUUCAUCGUCCAGAAUACGCAGGGUACAACUCUCGGGCAAGCGUCGGGGCCCACGCCCGCAGGUGCUGAUCCCUGGGGCUCGGAGAAUCGUUACCGGCCAGGGGAUGGUUCAGAUUCUCAACAGGCUCAACAGCCACCCGUUCCCGAGCCACGUCCCAAAAUACUUCCCCAACGGUCAUACCUAUCCAUCAAAUCCGCCAAUCUCAAAGUCAUCGCGAAGAAGCUGGGCGAGCUCAACGAUCAGCUCGUGUCGUCAGGAUCGAAAGAUGUGUCGCUGAGUCCUUCGGAGCUGGAGACGGUCGUUGCUUUGUGCGGCGAACUAGAAUCUUCGGAAAAGCUGCAGCAGUCCCCUGCUGUUGGAGCUGGAAUUCCCUUGCUGUUCAAGGUCGCUACCCAGUGGCCUGUCACAAACAGACUCCCCGGUUUGGACCUUCUCCGUCUCCUUGCGGCCGCCACUCCUGCGACUGCUACCAUCGACUACAAUGGCCAGGACCUGUUCACCGGUCUUCAGGCCAGUGGCGUAUUCAAUGCCCCGUUGAAUGCCAAUAACGCAAUGCUGACCUUCCGAAUGCUGGCCAAUCUAUUCGAAACCGACGCCGGUCGUCAAUUGGCUGUGAGUAGAUUCGAUCAGAUCAUCGCUGCCGCCAAGUCAGCCCUGACGAACGGUGGGGGCGCCAACCGUAACCUCACCAUCGCCGUAGCGACGCUUUACAUCAACUUUGCAGUCUAUCUGACAUCCGACGGGAGAGAGUCGGCUCCCGAGUCAUCCGAGAAGGGUUUGGUCCUUCUUGCGGAACUCACGCAGAUGGUCUCGGGAGAAAAGGACUCGGAGGCAGCAUACCGGAGUCUCGUUGCCCUCGGGACGUUGGUCAAAUCACUCGGCGAGGAAAUCAAGAGUGCGGCGAAGGAGAUUUACGACGUUGGUCAGAUACUGGGAGCGGUGUCGGGCUCUGGACUCGGGAAGGAACCUAGAGUCAAGAGUAUUGUUGGCGAGAUUAAGGAAGCAUUGUCGUAA